CUUUCAGAGUAACACACCAAUGAUGAAAUUUCUCUACAUUGGCUUGGUGUACAUGGCAUUCGCCAUAGGAACUAUAAGAGCCGAUAAGAAAAGCUUUAUUGCCUCAAUCGAUGCCUGCUCAAAGCAGUAUCCAGUCACCGAACAAGAAAUGAAACAAUUCGUCGAGGACAAAACCAUGCAAUUCAGUGAGUCUUUAAAAUGUUACGUCAAGUGUGUCCUGGAAAAGGAACAUAUUUUGAAGAAUGGAAUGCUGGACACUGAAGUCUUUGUAAAAGGUGCUCUGCAAAUUCCCUCCCUCAAAAAUCAUGAGGAUGAAAUUCGUAAAACUGCUGAAAAGUGUAAAAAUGUAAAGGGUGUCAACGAUUGUGAUACGGCUUUCAAGUUGGCCAAAUGUGGUUAUGCCUAUCAUAAUUUAUUUGUGCAUUGAGUGACAUUUUUAAAGAAAAAAAUAUUUAUAAUAAAACUUUGC